AUGACGACCGAUCCACCAGUCACAAAGGCCUCAAUCCCAUCAGCGUACCGACAAAGUCAGGAGAAGAGGGAACGUUUUCUUUUGGAGGAGCGACUCGAAGCGGCCGCCGAGACUCUGACCGGUAUGGUAGGCGGUCACCCGACUGAACUCCUGAGGCCCGCAGGAAUUGCCGAGAAGACGGGGCCGCUGACAGGUGGAGCAGGAGACCCUCAACCUUGA